AUGGCCGCAGCUCUAAUCUGGAUUCUUCUUGUGGGUCUCUUGGCAGGGCUGGGGGACGCUGAGGCCCAGCAGACCACCCUACAGCCUCUUGUGGGCCGCGUCUUUGUGCACACCCUGGACCGGGAAGCAGCCCUGCGUCACCCCGAGCAUGUCGAUGUGCCCCCCACGACCCCUGUCACCUACCACGCCCACCUCCGGGGACACCCAGACCUGCCUCAGUGGCUCCGCUACACCCAGCGCAGCCCCCACCAGCCUGGCUUCCUCUAUGGCACCCCCACCCCCGAAGAUCGUGGGCGCCAGGUCAUCGAGGUCACAGCCUACAAUCGGGACAGCUUUGACACCACCUGGCAGAGGCUGGUGCUGUUGAUUGGGGACCCAGAAGGCCCCCUGCUGCCAUACCAAGCUGAAUUCCUGGUGUGCAGCCAUGAUGUGGAGGAGGUGCUGCCCUCAACGCCUGCCAGUCACUUCCUCACAGCCUUGGGAGCGCUCUGGGAGCCGGGAGAGCUCCAGCUACUCAACAUUACCUCCGCCUUGGACCGUGGGGGCCGCGUCCCCCUUCCCAUUGAGGGUCGCAAGGAAGGGGUUUACAUCAAGGUGGGCUCUGCCUCACCCUUCUCCACCUGCCUGAAGAUGGUGGCAUCUCCCGACAGCCAUGCUCGCUGUGCCCAGGGUCAGCCUCCACUUCUGUCCUGCUAUGACACCUUGGCACCUCAUUUCCGCGUUGACUGGUGCAAUGUGUCCCUGGUGGAUAAGUCAGUGCCAGAGCCCGCAGAUGAGGUGCCCACCCCAGGUGAUGGGAUCCUGGAGCAUGACCCGUUCUUCUGCCCACCUACUGAGGCCGCAGCCCGAGACUUCCUCACCGACGCGCUGGUCACCCUCCUGGUGCCCCUGCUGGUGGCUCUCCUGCUCACUCUGGGGCUGGCCUACGUCAUGUGCUGCCGGCGGGAGGGACGGCUGAAGAGAGACCUGGCCACCUCAGACAUCCAGAUGGUCCACCAUUGCACCAUCCGCGGGAACACAGAGGAGCUGCGGCAGAUGGCAUCCAGCCGGGAGGUGCCCCGGCCACUGUCCACGCUGCCCAUGUUCAACGUGCGCACGGGCGAGCGGCUGCCUCCGCAAGUGGACAGUGCCCAGGUGCCCCUCAUCCUGGACCAGCACUGAGGGCAACAGCCAGUCCCAGACCCGGCCUCCUCCUCCCGCCACGCGCAGAGCAGCUAGCCCAUGGCCACAUCCUUCCUCAGGAUCCUGGGCCCUGGCCUGACGGCCCCCAGGCUGAGAACAAGCAGAGAGAUGGCAGUGGGGGAGGUGAGGAUGUCUGGGGUCAGGACCCCCAGAAUAAAUAGAUGCCAC